AUGCUUGUCAUUGAUAAUUACGUAUUCAAGUUGAAUAAAACAACUACCACAACAAAAUACUAUCGAUGCGAGCAUCGAGAAUGUGAUGUAACAGUACAUACCGAUAUAAAUAAUGUUCUCUUAAAAACUGAAGGUAAUCAUUGUCAUGUAAUUGAACCAGAAAAAAAUAAAAUUCGUAUUUUCAAACAAGUCUUGAAAGAACGUGUUAUUAAUGAAAGUACCCCUAUACCAAAGAUUUAUGGAGAAGAAUUAGCAAAAAUGAUGUUGACACUAGCAACAAUUGCUAUUUUACCUUCUCAACGAGAAAUGAGUAUGUGA